AUGGAGCAGGGCAGUCUUGCCACAUGCAGAGAACCGAGCGCUGGUUGCAUCGGCCGAAUACGAAAGGCUGAGGCUGCAUUGCACCUGCCACUUAUGGAGGAGGCGCAACGAACCCCUCCACCUCAGGCGCCGGAGCGUCCCAUUGAAGCUGAGCCUACAGCUGACGAAUUGGACGCAUUUAUCUGGGAGAACCAACUCAACGAGCGCGCGGCGGAUGCGCUUCGCAUGGGAGAGCACACAGAAACUAAGGCCUGGACGGUUGCGAGAAAAGUGUCUCAGAGUGCUAUUGUAGGCUGCAUCGGCCGCAUCGCGAAAGCUCAAGCAAAGAACCAGUACCAUGGCUCUCCAGCUGCGAGCCGGCACCCCAAUGGCGAAAGUGGGGUCCAUCAGCCUCGGCGGAGAUCUUUGCCAUCUCAGCCAUGGAUGCCUUCAGAAGCUGAGGUGGAACAGUUCGUGGAGGACAACGAGCUGAACGAGAGAGCCGCCGAUGCCUUGAGGAGCAUCCCCGCGAUCAUCCAAAAGCAGGUCCUCGAGCAGGGGAGCCUGCGGGGCUGUCGCGAGCCGAGCGCCGGCUGUAUCGGCCGCAUUGCCAAGGCACAGAGAUCUGCGCACGUCGCGGAGGACGCUUUGCAGGCACCCUCCGCCGACGAACUGUCGGCCUUUGCCGAGCAGAACAGUAUCGGCGACCGUGCGACAUCCGUCCUGUACGAGGCGCCAGCUGCUGUGCAAAGAGCCGUGCUGGACCAGGGAAGCCUCCAGGGCUGUCGAGAUCCUGGCGCCGGCUGCGUCGGCCGGAUCAGGAAGGCCCAGGAAGCAUUGCGAAGCGGCAGCCAACAUGCUGGCGUUUCGCACAAGCGGAGGCGCCAAGAACAGGUGCGAUCAGGAGGCCCAGACUUCCACCAAAAUGGAGGACGUGGCUGGGUGGAUCCAAAACUGCGCUCCGCAGUGGAGAACUUCGUGAGGGAGUUCGAGCUGAGCGAACGGGCAGCCAACACGCUUCGCCAGGAACCGCCGGAGGUGCAAGAAGCAGUACUCCGAGGCGGCAACAUGAAUGGAGCUCGUGACACGUCUGCUUGCUGUAUGGGUCGGAUUCGAAAGGCUCAUCAGGAGUUUGAUGCGGAGGAAAGGCAGCCUGCUAAAAGGCGACGCCACAGCAGUGGACCUUUCUCGCAGGACUUCACCGAGGCUUCUGGCCGCCGGCAGAGGGCAGGAG